AUGGUUAAGCGUACUGGUAAUGGUACAGAUGCGAUUGAUGGGUCUAGGAAACGUGGUAGGAAAGAUUUGAGAAGUAUUAGAAGAGCUAGAAAUGAUAAGGAACCUGUUGAAGAGCCAGAGAUUCCGGUUGCUUCAGAAGAGGAUGGUGAAUUGUCAGAAGAUUCAGAAGAAGAUGCUACAAAUGAGGUGCAAGAGCAGGAAGAUUCGAAAGAAAAGGCUUAUGGUGCUCUUUUGACGAUUUUGAAAAGUGAACAUCCAGAAGAUAGACAAAGGGAAAGGAGGAAAAAGAAGCAGGAUCUACAAGACCCAUCCUCAUCAGAUGAUGAACUUAGCGAAGAUGAGAAGGGUGAAGUGGAAGCAAAUUUGGUAGAUACACCUGGUGAAGAGGAACCACAAUCUGAGGAGGAGUUGAGUGAAGGCGAUGAAGAUGAGAGUGAAGAUGAACGUGAUCCUUUUGAGAGUCAUUUCAACAUGCAGUCGGAGUCUAUUGAUUCUUUAGAUGAAGCUUGGAAGCAAAAGAAAAUUGUCAAUAAGUCUGGGAAGAUUCGUGUAGACGAUGACGAGUCUCUGAUUUACACGAAAACAUUGGCAGGGAAGGGCCAAGAGUUCGAAUUACCAUCUCAUAAAGGACAUUUGAGUUCAUAUCCCCUCAAGAGGAAGCUGAAGAUCCAAAAUAAUUUGUUAGAAUCCCAAGAUGAUGUUCUUACACCUUUACAGAGGAAAAUUGUCGAUCCAAUUUUCCAGUACAGAGAUUUAUUGUACGAAUAUGAAGAUUACGAACAAGAUGAAGAUGAAUACCGAGAUUUAUACGUGUUACAUGUUUUGAAUCAUAUCUACAAGACAAGAGAUAGAAUUUUGAAAGACAAUCAAAGAUUAGCAACCAAUCCAGAUGGCGAAUUUUUGGAUCAAGGUUUUACCAGACCGAAGGUGCUCAUUGUAGCACCUACCAGAGAUACGGCAUAUCAAAUUGUAAGCAAGGUUAUUGAAAAAUCGGGAUUAGAUCAAGUGGAUAAAAAGAGUAAAUUGAGGGAUCAAUUCUUUGAAGACGUUCUGCCGCCAUCAUCGAAACCUAAGUCUUUUAGACACACUUUCAAAGGUAAUACUAACGAUUUUUUCGUCCUUGGUGUAAAAUUUACGAGAAAGGCCAUUAGGCUUUAUAGCAAUUUUUACCAAUCAGAUUUGAUUGUAUGUUCACCUCUGGGAUUGCAACUGAUCCUGGAGAAUACAGAUCGUAAAAAGAGGCAAGAUGAUUUCUUAUCAUCCAUUGAGUUGAUGAUAAUUGAUCAGUUGAAUUCUAUUGAAUUCCAAAACGUAUCUCACUUGUUCACUAUUUUUGCCCAUAUGAACAAGAUCCCCAAGGAACAGCACGAUACAGAUUUCGGUAGAGUGCGCAUGUGGUACAUUAACGAGCAGGCUAAACUACUAAGACAAACGUUGAUAUUUACCAGGUAUGUUACACCUACGGCAAAUUUCUUAUUAAAUGGUAAAUGUCGAAACAUUGGGGGACGCUGGAAGAACCACCAUCAAAUCACAGGUGAACAGUCUAGUGUCUCAAAAUUGGGAUUUAGAGUAAGACAAAUUUUCCAAAGGGUCGAUUUAGGUGGUGCCUCCGUUGUAGACGAGCCGGAUUAUCGUUUCAGAUUUUUCACCAGUGUCAUUGUUCCUAGUAUUACAAAGUCUACAGGUUACGAAGAUGGUAUUCUGCUUUACAUUCCGGAUUAUGCUGAUUUUAUCAGAGUGAGGAACUACCUAAAAGAUAAAACUACGAUAUUGUUUGGUGAUAUCAACGAAUAUUCCGAUGUAAGACAACUCACAUCUACCAGAUCUCUAUUUCAACAAGGUCGUAUAAAAGUUCUAUUGUACACUGAAAGAUUACACCACUUCAGGCGAUACGAAAUCAAGGGAGUCAAAAGUGUUAUCUUCUACCAACCACCAUCAAAUCCUGAAUUUUACAACGAAGUCGUUAGAUACAUUGGUAAGAGCGCUUUCUUGGGAGAUACCGAUUUGAACAUUUCUACCGUGAGGUGCGUAUACAGUAAAUUAGAUGGGUUGGCGUUAGAACGUAUUGUAAGCUCAAAAAGAGCUGCAGUUUUGACUCAUGGACAGAAUGAAAUUUAUGAAUUUAAAUAA